AUGAUGCAAUUGCGCCCUGUGCCCACUGCCGUACUGGGGGAGGUGAGGGCAUACCAUGCUGUGGAUCGGACACCGCGGCCCGCGCCGAGAAAGGGCCACGUGCUGGGCGCUUCUGCGGCUGCUGGCUUGGUGCUCACCUUCAAGCGGUGGCCACGGCCACGUCUGGCGCGGCCGGCGGCUCCCGUCCUGACACUGGAUCAGGCGUCGCCUGUGAAGGUGGCGAUGCUGGAGCGGGGCGAAGGCGGCAACGCCUGCGACGUGCUGGUGGGGGAGGUACAUGCAGACGAUCCGGCGACGUGCAAGUCCGUGAGGCUGAAGCGGACAGAGGGCGACAAGUGGGAAGAUGCAGAGGCCGCGCUGUCCUUGACAGCGUCAGAUGCCGAGCUUCUGGCUGCGCUCUGCCCGGGGCGAGAAACAUCCCCAGGCUUUCGAGCCUCGGCGCCCUGCUGGCCCCAGGUGGUUUCCCAGGACAUGGGGAUCUGGCCUUUGAAAGGGCCUGGCACGGUGCUCUUUGACACCGAGAAGCUGCUGGACAUGACCCAUCAUCUUGGAACAAGAGGCCCAGUUGUCAUUCCUGGCGGUGCUGAGAUGCUCAAACUGCCCACCACCGAUGUGGUGCAGCUGUUGUUUCCGUGCUUGAUGGGCUCGUCCCUGGCGGAAGUGCUGUGUGCGGAGAGUACAGCAGAUCGAUUGACCUACCAGGAGCUGCUGAAGUUCUGCCCCUUGGGUGAUGUGGGCGCGGUGGACCUCACGCGCGCCGAGCGCUUGGCGGAUGGCCGCGCCUUGACGCUGGAGUCGAGGCCGUUCAACAUGCAGUACAUGCCCCGGCGCUGGUCCCGGGGCGUGGUAAUCCGGUCUGUGGGCAAGAAUGGAGUGGCAGACAGGUCUGGCUGCAAACCAGGCGACAUCAUAGUUUGCAUCAAUGGGGAGCCAGUGGUGAACGCAACACUGCAGCACGUUCAAGAGCUUCUGGACGGGGAGCUGCCCAUCAUGGUGGAGGUUGCUCAGCCAGUUCUGGAGGAGCCACUGUACAUCCGUGAGGCCUCCACGUCGCUCUUGGCGAAGCUGGCGGAUGAGGAGGCGGAGGAGGCCGUUGAGGAUCUCUUGGCGCAGGUGGCGAAGCUGCUGGAGAACCAGGUGACCAUGAACGAUCCGCUUCCCCAGGUCUUUGCGGGCGACGGCGGCUCCGCGUCGCACGUGCACGUGGACUCCGUGCCAAUGGUGCAAAUGUGCCACGUCGUACAUGGCGUUAAGAUCUUCGGGGUGGACAGCGUCACAGAUCCGAAACCAUGGGUCACUGGCGAAGGACUGGAGGCUCCGGCAGAGGUCGCCCUUCCUGUUGACCGAGAGUUGGACCAGGAGCAUGCUGCCUGGCUUGCCAGCCCCAGUACGAGCAUUGCUAUGUGCCGAGCUGGUGACAUCAUGCUCUUUUGGGGAGGCAGUCCUCACUUUGGUUCUAACGGUAUGGACGCGGGGCCUUGUGUCGCACUGUUCCACGGCUGCGAGAUGACGGAUGCGAGUGAGGCAGAGGAAAGGCAGAGUCUGAAGUUCAACCCUCAGUGCCAGCAAUGCGAGCUGAUGCUGCCAGUGAAGAAGGACUAUGUCCGUGGCUUCAAGCGCUCUAGCCUCUAUGCCAUGGACUGGGCAGGCGACAAGCUGCUGGUAGCCGCCAAGGACAGUCCAGGCAUCCGCCUGCAAGAUGUGGAGAGAGGCGAGGAGGAGCGUAGCUGGUCCGGCGAGUGGAUGAGCAUCCGAACGGAUCCAAACAACCCCUUUGUUGCGGCGGCUGUCGCUUGGAAUGGCAAGUUCAAGCUGUUUGACACCAGGCAAGCAGGUCAGUCCGUAUUUGAUGUUGACUUGAAGAAGACGUCCAACGCAAUGCGGGACUUCCUCUACUUGUGCUGGUCCCCAGAUUCCAAGAACAUUGCCCUCAGCAAUCGCAACGACCAGAUCUACAUGCUGAGCUUGAAGACAGCGAAAGGUGAGAACUGCCUGCGACUAGGUUCCUCGAAGAACAUGACCACGGAGGUGAACCAAAUGGUCUACAGCCCCAACGGCGAAAGCCUUUGGGUUGCCUCCGGCGGCAAUCCAGGCAAGCUCCAGAUCUUCUCCUCCAAGUCCUUGCAACACCCGGAGCAGAGCGUGCCUGGGCACAAUUGGACAGCGAUCUCCCUGGCAUGUGAUCCCACAGGCAAGUACAUUUGCAGUGGCGGUGCUGACGGUCUCAUCACUGUGUGGGAGCCACAUCAGCCCAUGUGCUUAAGAUGCUUCCUGCAUCCGGGGCAGGUCAUCACCAAUGUUGACUUCAACUACACGGGUAGCCUCAUCGCCUGGGGUACUGGCGCAGUCGACCUCAUCGAGACCGCCGCGGAUACAGCAAGGGCGGAUCAGCGCAUAGUGGGGAGGAUAUCUCUCCACUGGAACGACAAGAGGGACCAGGAGGUCCUGAGGAUCAUCAAGGAACAUGGCCGCCUCUCUUCAGGGAGGUCUUGCGCUGGGAACCAAGGAGGAAGGAACUUUCGGUGCGCAGGGCAACACGCAGAUGGGCAAGCUGAUUGUCAGGGUAAGAGGCCAGAGGAGCGUGUGGGGGAGGCCAUGAAGGCGUGGGAGCAGGCGAACUCGAGGGGCGAGGAUCAAGCAGCGGAGCGGCAGGACUGCCCAGUGCACCAGACAGCGCUGGCGAUGGCUCCGAAGGGCCCAGUUCCACGGCCAAGCCGACCGCUUUCCACGCGCGCGGCGCCGGAGAAGGAAGAGCUGGAUAGCGAGGACUCGAGGAGCGAAGCAGCUUCAGACUGCCCGCUGAAGAGGAUGGUGCGGUUUGGAGGCGUUGCCUUCAGUAGCUACAGCCGCCGAUGGAGCUUCCUAUGGAAGAUGGUUCAGGCGGCGAGGAGGAGGCUCAGAAAAUCAAUCAAGGAGGAGGGCAGCUCGGACGACGAGCUUGACACUGGAAGGUCCUUGGGCAAGAGCUACGUUUAUAAGCCGCAGCAAACUUUCAUCUUGCGGCGAGCGCAGCAGGACGUGAAGGAGCGGGGCCUGGGCACAUCUCACUCAGACGUUGACCAAGUCUUGGAAAGCUGGGUGCACCUCGAGCUUCGGGAUGCGCGGACUCUGCUCUGGGCGCACGAGCGGAUCUCUGCGCGCCUUGGGCGGUGUGAUUGGGGGAGCAAAGAUGGCAGGCAUGGAGAGCAUGGACGACCCGUCGCAAGCGCGGCGGACCCGCGCAACGGCCUGGACUCGCUGGAAAGCACGCCGUUAGGCGUGGAGGACGAGCAAGGGACCUGGGUGAUCUCCGGCAACAGGAGGUUGAGAACCUGGGCGCUGGAGGGUGAGGUUCUGGCGCGGUUUCUCGUUCACAGCCACGGCAAGGAGGUUCUCUUCGCGAAGUACGCCUCGACCAGAACUGGAGAUUGGCCCGGAAGUUGCAGAUCUAUUCCAAGUCCUUGCAACACCCGGGGCAGAGCGUGCCUGGGCACAUUUGGGCAGCGAUCUCCCUGGCAUGUGAUCCCACAGGAGCCACAUCAGCCCAUGUGCUUACGAUGCUUGCUGCAUCCGGGGCACGUCAUGACCACUGUCGACUUCAACUACAUGGGAAGCCUCAUCGCCUGGGGCACUGGCGCAGGUGAGAGGAGUCUGACCCUGAUGGGCGCUAAAACCGCCAUUCCGUGGCAUUCGAGUAAGAAUGCCUGUGCGCACGGCUUGAACUCCGGUCAGAUGUCCGAGGAUCGAUCUCAUCGAGACCUCCGUGGAUGCAGCAAGGAUACCCAAUUAGACAACUUCUCAAGGUUGCGACUGCACCAAAUCCUGCCAGCUUCCUGA